AUAUCGCUCUUGCUGCGCUGCCAAUCAUGUAAUUGUUUAUUUACGUUUGGAUUAUUUACACUUUUUCUCGAAUCUCCCGGAUGAAUUCAUCUAACUGGUCGAUUCCAUGUCUCGCUGAUGACGAAGACCUCGAACCACCGCCAGAAGAACUAGAGGCAAUGUACCAAAAACUUGAGAACGGUUCGAUUCUCGACCUUCAAUGGAAAUGCCCCGGUAGACGAUCGGUUCCUACACCACCGACUGCUGUUGAAGCCGAGAUUCCAGUAACACCGGAAAAAGAGACUGUGACUAAGAAUAAGGAAUUCGAUUUUAUGGAUGAAGUUGCCAAGCCGACGAUGAGAGUACGCCCGAACACAACACCAAAAACAUCAGCGAAAAAGAAAACUGCAAACUUUGCUGGUGUACUGGAUGCAAUGAAAAAACACAGACUAUCUUCAUCGAGUGGACCAGUGACGCCGAAGGAAUCAGGGUCAUAGUCUAAUCUUAACACCAAAAUUAUCCACAAAAUUUCAUUUUAUUUCGUCAAAUAUAACAAAGUAUUAAGAUGAA